CACGAACGCUACGGAGCGUGGUAACGACGUGAGCUAAAGUCUCACUGAUAAGCAUAGAAUUUCAACAUGGCACGAGAACACUUCUUGGAAGGAAAGGACAUCGUUGUCGCUGGAGCAGGUGUGGCAGGUCUGGCAUUUGCACUCAACCUACAAAAACAAUGGGGAGACAAUGCUCGUCCACCGAGGGUAGUCGUCUUCGAUCGGGACAAGCGAGAAGUCGACCUCAGACGGCAAGGAUACUCGCAGACGCUGAGUGGCAUCAAAGAAGACACUGGACUCGUCGUCUUGAAGCAAUUGGGGCUCCUGGGCAAGGUCCUAGAUGGGGCCGUGAUGACAGACGCCAUCAGCAAGUUCACGAUAUGGGACAAGGACUGGAUCGCUUCUCCUAGCUUCAAUGUGCCAGCCUAUGGCGACAUGCCGACCUCUGCUGUGCGCAUUCCCCGACGCGUCCUGCGAAUGAUCCUCAUUGACGCUGCGGAGGCUGCCGGUAUUGAGGUUCAUUGGGGUGUAUCGUGCGAAGCCCCCGAAUGCCUCGACGACGGGCGGGUUGAGAUACGUCUCCGAACUGCGGACGACGGUGGAGGAACUCAGUCAACAACCACCAAGUGUGAUCUGAUCAUCGUCGCUGAUGGUGCAAAUAGCAAGAUCCGGACCAGCCUCCGUCCGGAUGAUACACUGCAAUACACCGGCCUGAUGAUGAUGGGCGGUGUCGCCGAGUUCCCCGACAACGCCGUUCCAGACCACAUCAGAGACAAAUGGGGCAUGGUUCUCACAGACCAGGGUGUAUCCUGCUUCUUGUCGCCUACAAGUCAAAUGGGAUACCACUGGGGGCUCAGCUGGCGGGAACAGAGUCCUCGUGCGCCUCCAACGACCUGGUCCAUCGAGUAUACCCAGAGCCUGAAGUCAGAGGCCCUCCAGCGGGGCCGAGUGAUCGCAGAGCCCUUUGCCACUAUCGUGGAACGAACCGACCCAUCCACCAUUUUCAUCAUGGCUGGAAUGGACAAACGACCCUUCAGCCACGAGCAUCUGAGAGGCGUGGUCUUCAUCGGCGACAGCAAUCACGCCUUCUCUCCACUGGCGGGAAAUGGCGCCAACGUGGCCCUCAAGGACGGAUAUGACCUGGCUGAGCAGCUGUGUAAGGCGUCAUCCAUGCACGACGCCGUCUCGCAGUUUGACCGCGAGAGUGUUCCGAGAGCAUUCCGCACACUUGACAGGUCGCAUGAGCGCAUAGCUAGCGCACACACCACACAGCUUGAUCGUGAUCAGUUCACGGACGGGUCGGGCGCAAAUGACUUCCUAGUUGGACAGGGGCAGAGUUGAG